AUGCCGAUGAUUAUGACCAAAUCACUGGGCGAAGUGGCAGAAGUAAUAGUUUUAAGACCGGAGAAAGCGAUUAUCUGCAAGUGCCUGGACGAAAUCACGACAGUAGACGAGCUGAGAGGUGCACUAAAGGCACAGCGCAACUUGGGCACUGACCCUCAUGACGAUCCGGUUAAUGAAGCGUUACGGAGGAACACAGAUAUUCUACCGGUAACCGAUGCUGACAAGGCGCUGGAGGUAGACAAAGCUAUAGCUGGAUGGUUGAAAUGCCCAUUGAGAGCCGCCCCACAAAUGAAUAAGCAAGCGAAGAAAUGCUUUGGCCUUUGGACACUUCGCGGAGGCUUGAAAAGGGCCGAAUGGAUCCAGGAUCUGCUGGAAAUGAGGGGAGACGUGUUAUUUUGUGAGAGACUGCACGCAGAGACCGAAGGGCAUGAUUUGCACUCCAGAAGACGGAAACAACCAUCAGACGGAAAGAGAAAAACAGUAGGCUCUGUAUUUCCUUCUACUAUUUCUUCAUUAAAGUUAUUUGUCAUGUCAACGUUCAUCCAGGUAUGGUCGCAAUCAAGGAGGACUCAUUCCAUCGCCCGGGCGCGACACAAUUCCAAGAAGCUAAAACAGAGCACGGCCAUAUUCCUGGAUGCCACCAUUCGAUCCACCAACAUUCAAGCUAGAAAAUCUUUAAAGAUCCUCGAUGUUAUUGUCAACCGUACCGACCGAGAAAUUUUGCAAUGCAUUCCGGAGAUGCGCUCCAUCCUGGAAUGUUCCCUGAUCCUCGUACAGACGUACGUCGCUCAUCUAAAACUGCGCCACUCUUUCUUCGAUCGCUUCAAACGACAACCGUACGCCAACGCAAAGAAGUGUUUCCAAGCCCUCAUCCAUCUGUUGAUUCCGGAGAUGCAGGGCAUAGUAAUCGACACGAUUCUCAGCUUCCUACAACGCGAAAAUCUCUGGAAGGUUGAGUUCAUCUGCGUGGAAAUUCUGGUGAUGGUUUUGGAAUGCAAGAGUCCGGCUGCACUGCUGCUAUGCAAGAUGAUCGAUUACGUGGAAACUUUACUGACAAAGAAUGACGUAUCGCAAGCUCGGCACGCUGUGGUUGUCCUUCAGAACAUUAUACAGCCACAGUACUGGAGCAGUGUAGAGUACUGGAAUAUGUCGAAGCUUCUACGAUUCUACCACAGCAGCGCAAUAAUCGGAGAGUCAAAAAAUCAAAUUUACGAGUUGCGGCGAGGUUUUGAAAUCUGUCUGCGUAACUUGAUUAAAGUUCUUACCGGAGGGGAAUUGACAAAAUUGAUUACAACUAUGCUUCCGUUGACAUUCGACACAGAUCUACCGGACGAAGCCAUGCUAGAGUUUGGCAAAACUGUAGAGUACGCUGCAUCUACCUUGGUACUGACAGAAACAACGGUCCCCGAAGAACCCUAUAUAGUGGAAUACCUUCUCAUUCACAUCUGUUCAGAAUCACCCUCGAAAAGUCUCCUAGCCAGCCGAAUAUUCACCAAAAUGUUGGAUCGUGGCAACAACUUUCUCCAGUUCGGAAGCCCUCGAAUUUUUCAUGGUAACACGUUCUACGAAAUCGAUAUCAACCAGUACAAUUCAGCUCGCCGUGAAAUGUUCGAUAUUUACCGGGUAGAAUUUGAAGCUGCAAUAGUGUCCGCCUUCGAAUUACACAGCAAGCGACGAAUAAACCUGGACAUUCUAUACAACGUGAUGUGUAUGGUUCUGGUGGAAAUACCCUGCGGUCUCACUUCAUGUGCCAUUGUUUGUCUGCUGUUGAAGGUACAACGAAAGCUGCUCGAGUCACCGGAAACAUUUAACGACCAGCAGCAAACCAACUGCAUCCAUGCCACCAUCAUAAGCAUCAUGACGUUGAUAAACUGGAUCCACCGGGGACCAUCGCUAACGGCCUACAUCAACACGAUCCUCAAUCGCCGUUUCGAUCAUGCACCGCAUCUCAAUCCGCCUCUGCUGGAAAUCUACCAAUACGCACAGCAUCACAUCACCUGGAACGAUAGUAUUCUUUUCUUCGAUGCACUCGAGUUGAGAUAUGGUUUGUGGAAAUGUUUUCGAAUCCACGAGUCGAAGAAUCCUGCCCCGACACAGAUUUACUCUCGUUUGGGAGCUGCGCUGACCGGUGCAGGUAGCGAACGGAAACGUCGACGUCAAAAAACAGGAUUCUAUCGUAUUGGAUUGACUGCCCGUUGAAUAUUGUUAAUUGGGGGUUGAGUAAAUGAUUUUGGAACUCACCUCUUCGUUUUGCAUAAA